AACCUGUAUCGCUUUCUUUAGGUGGUGGGUGGUCUCCCCUCUGCUUUUCCUAUAUAGGCCCCUACUGCACGAACUCAGAAGAGAAGAUUCACGCCUCAAUCUCCUCCUUCUCACGAACCUAGGCAUGGUCGUUUCUCCCUUUUGGUCGGCUUGCAGUGCAGAAGAAGAAGAAGAAGACAAUUAUGGAAGAGUCUAGGGUUGCGAAGACGGAUCUGCUUCACUCCUUGUUGUUCGUCUCUGGAUUCUACUGCUGGGACUGGGAAUUCCUCACCGCGCUCUUGCUCUUUAGUUCUUCCUUCUGAUCGGAUCGCGCUCGUUUAGCACUUGAACAUUCCCAUCCUCUUAGGACAGGAAAUUCAGGUUUUAGUUGUUAAUUUUAGCCGUUUCUGUUUAAUUUUUUAGUUUCUUUACUGUUUGGUGGAACUCGCCGGCGAAGAUGGCGCAGAGGUCGGCUCCGGCGCCGUUCCUGACGAAGACUUACCAGUUGGUCGACGAUCCGAGCACCGACAACGUGAUAUCGUGGAACGAAAGCGGCACCGCUUUUGUGGUCUGGAAAAUGGCCGAUUUCGCCAAGGAUUUGCUGCCUAAUUACUUCAAGCACAACAAUUUCUCCAGCUUCGUUCGCCAACUCAACACCUAUGGAUUCCGAAAGGUUGUGCCCGACAAAUGGGAGUUUGCCAACGAGAAUUUCAAGCGAGGGCAGAAGGAGCUCCUGACGCAAAUUCGUCGCCGGAAGUCUGUGACCUCAACCCCGCCCGCUGGAAAAUCCGGCGCCGGGGGUGUCCCCGCAACGCCAUCGAAUUCCGGUGAGGACAUGGGGUCCACGUCGACGUCCUCGCCGGAGUCGAAGAAUGCUGGGUCGGUGGAGGCGCCGGCAAGGGCGCAAUUCGCCGACUUGUCAAACGAGAACGAGAAGCUGAAGAGAGACAACGAGUUGCUGAGCUCGGAGCUGGCUCAAGCAAAGAAACAGUGCGACGAGCUGGUCGCAUUUCUGACCGAGUACGUCAAGGUAGCGCCUGAUCAGAUCAAUCGCAUCAUGCGGCAAGGAAGCUGCGGGUCCACCCUUGAUGGAUUGAACGGCGAGAUGCACACUGCUGUUGACGGUGACGAUGAUGACGACGAAAACGGGGGAGGAAAUACUGAGGAGUGUCUGAAGCUGUUCGGGGUGUGGGUGAAAGCGAAUGAAAGAAAGAGGGGCCGGGAUGAAAAUUUAGGUUUUGGAGGACCCCACCGCAAGGAAAUGAAAACUGCUGACUUCGACGCGCCGUGGAUGAAGAUCGUAUCGUCACAGGGAGGGACUAGCAAGGUCUGUAACUGACGAAUGCGAGCGCGACGGGUAGGUAAAAAAAAAAAAAAAAGAACAAAACAAAGUGGCAGGUCAGGUGUAAGGUAGGAGCAGAAGCUGCUGUUACUUCAAAUUAUUACGCAUGCAUGCAUAUUAACGGUGUAAUAAGCAAAUAGACACAAGUGAAUUUACAGACUUUGAUUGUGGAUGUAUUAUUAUUACUAUUA